AUGCCAGCGAUCAAAGUUGCAGUGAUAGGGGGCGGGGCAGCAGGAUUGUGCGCUCUCCGCCACCUGACAGCCCGACCGUCAGUCUUUACUGCUGUCGGAUUCGAGCAGACGAACAGAGUUGGAGGAACCUGGGUGUACACAGACGAUGUGGGUACCGACCAGUUCGGAUUGCCCAUCCACUCCAGCAUGUACAAAAACCUCAGGACUAACCUUCCUAAAGAGGUGAUGGCCUUCCCCGAUCUCCCGUUUGAUAAAGAACUCCCCAGCUUCAUCAGACACGAGGAUGUCCAGGCUUAUCUAGAGACUUAUGCCAAAAUGUUUGAUCUGCUAAAAUUUAUUAAGUUCAGAACAUCUGUGGAUAAAGUCAAGCCAAUCCCAGGUAACCCUGUGAGAUGGGAAGUGAAGUACAGUAAAGUUACGGGGAAGAUAUCCCCAUCAGAGAAUACACCCCCGACAAAAAGUACACCCCCAUCAGAGAAUACACCCCCAUCAGAGAAUACAUCUCCAGCAGAGACAGAGAUCUUUGAUGCUGUUAUGGUGUGUAAUGGCCAUUAUUCCAUACCAAUGUUUCCCCAAAUUCCGGGUGCUGAUAGUUUUAGGGGGUGUCUCCUCCAUAGUCAUGACUAUAGAGACCCAGAACACUUCAGGGAUAAGAAGGUGGUUUGCUUGGGUGCCGGGUCAUCGGGGCAGGAUAUUGCCUUAGAAUUAUCCAGGACAGCUAAGGAGGUUAUACUGAGUCACAACAAAAGUUUUAUCCAAUGCCCCCUGCCCGAGAAUAUGUACCAAGCUCCAGGGAUUAAAAAACUCCAAAAAAACUCAGUUGUUUUCAACGAUGACUCUGAAGUAGAUGACGUGGACUUGGUUUUGUGUUGUACUGGCUAUCACUUCAGUUUUCCUUUCUUAUCUGAGGAGUGCGAGCUAAGGAUCGAAGACGAAAGAUUGACUCCACUCUACAAGCACCUUAUACACACGCAGUUCCCAUCACUCUCGUUUAUCGGGAUAUGCAAAGUUAUCUGCCCUUUCCCGCAGUUCCAUUGUCAGGUGUUGUUUGCCUUAGCAGUUCUCGAUGGGUCUCUGAAACUGCCGUCAAAAGAGGAGAUGGAUGAAGACACAAAGGCUGAUUUUCAGGCACGACUCAAAGAUGGCUUGCUGCCUCGCUAUGCACAUCACAUGGGCCCAAGACAGUGGAACUACAAUAAUGAGCUGGCCAGAAUUGCCGGAUUCACACCAAUAGCACCCGUUGUGGAGAAUUUAUACAGUGUCGUACAUAACAGCAGAGGGAGAAACCUCAUUGGUUAUAAAAAGGAGAGGUACGAAUUGACAGGCCAGGAGAGUUUUAAAACACUUGGGGCGCCAUGAUUGUGACUGGGUGCUAUAUUCAAUUUAAUUGGGCAUUCUUAAAAAGUUAGGUUGAUCGGUUGGGAGAGAUUUCGGUUUUUUUUAAAAUUCUGGUUAAUGAAAAAGAAAUGAACAUUAAGAGAAAAAAUAUUCAAAAAUAAUAAAAAACCUAAUUAAAAACCAGAUUGGUCUGCCUUUGUGUAUGGUCAGUCAGGUCACACCCAAGGAACGUAUUUUUAACAACGGCCCGGGUAUACACGUAAAUUUUUACACCUCGAACUGUUUACACCUGCAGGAAAAUAAUGUGAUCUCGUGUACCAACUUUAUAUUCUGUGAUCAGAUACAUUGUAAUAUUUAGUUCUGACUGCUUAUUGUUAUGAUUUUAAGGAGAUUUUAUUACAAUGCAUUAUUUUUUUUUGUAUCAUGGGCAUAUAAAUCUUUUCUUAAUACUACAAAGUGUUCCGCUGUAUCAUCUCGCCUUCAGUGUCUCAGGAAUGUAUGUUGAUUAUUUAGAAUUGGUCUAGUUAGUACGUAAAAGUAUAUGAUUGGGAUUUAAUUUAUAAAACUUUAUGGAAUUUUCAAACUUAUGUUUUUUUCUUUUUUUUUUCUAUUGCUUUUU